AUGGCCACCGAGGUUAUCGACGUCGACGUCGCCUACUUGUCCAGUAGCAAGUUCACCAAGUUCUUCCGUGGCGUGUUAUUUCAGAUGAUCUUGUUCGGUGCGAUCUCGUUUGUUGGUCCUGCGAUGUCUGAUGCGAUCUCGAACUUGGGCGGUGGAGGUCUUUCUUCUCCCUACCUCAGUAACUUGGCCAACGCUCUCAACUACGCCUCCGGGUGCCUCGUCACUCUCAUCGGCGGUCCUCUCAUCAACAAGCUCGGCAUCAAAUGGAGCUGCUUUAUUGCCGCAGUAACGUUCCCAUUGACAGGAUCUUCCUACUACGUCAGCGCCAAAUACUCGGUCAACUGGUAUCUGCUGUUCUCGACCAUCCUGGGCGGUUUCACCAGCGGUUUCCUCUACGUGGGCGAGACAACGGCCAUGCUGUCGUACCCUCACCAGGACGACCGAGGGCUCUAUCUCGGAAUCUGGUCCGCGAUGCGCAGCUCAGGCAGUGUCAUUGGCGGCGCCAUCAAUUUCGCGACCAACUACUCGUCCUCUUCGGCCGGCGGCAUCGCGUGGGCAACAUACAUCAUCUUCGUGGUCUUUGAGUGCACGGGCGUCUUUUGGGCCUUUUUGCUCUCGCCCACGAGGAAAGUCCGUCGUAGAGAUGGAACUCCCGUGCCCUCCACGGGGACUGUGACCUGGGGAGAGGAGUUCAGAGCUCUCUGGAUGCACGCUAAGCGGACAAAGACGUGGCUCGUCUUCAUCCCGGCUUUCUACUCGUUCUUUUACGGAGGUACGAUGGGAACAUAUCUGUCCCUCCACUUCUCCGUUCGCGCCCGCGCCCUCUCGACUCUCAUCGUCCCCAUCGUCACGAUCAUCAUGGUCAUGAUCUACGGAAAACUCCUCGACACCAAGCGCUGGUCUCAGACCAACCGGGCGUGGAUGGCCUUUAUCUUGUGGCUUGUGCCCCAAGUCGCCUGCUUCAUCUGGAUCGGCAUCGAGUACAGCAAGUUCGGCACCGCCGAGACAGCUCUUGACUACGUGCUGGAUGGGAAGAGGUGGGCAGAGGCCUACGUUCCCUACCUCAUUAUCUUCACCACGGGCUACUGGACGCAGUUGUCUCUCUACUGGAUUCUGGGCACCUUCUCGACGGACGUCAAGUCCAGCGCCAGAACGGGUGGUCUGUUCCGAGCCUUUGAGACCGCCGGCCAGGCAGUCUCGUACUCUAUCAACUCCAUGACCGGCAGCGAUCCUCGGCAUCCAUUUUACGUCAACUGCGCUGUGCUGGCUCUGGCUAUUCCUUGCAUGGUGAUGCUUAUCAGGCUGGUGCCGGAAGCGCCCGCUGAGAUUGAUGUCGAUGCGAUUGAGGACCCGGUCAAGGGCGAGAACAAGGCGGUUGAAUAA